AUGGCUCACUGUUCGGUCCCAUUCUGUACGAUCGAUCGGAGAAAAGCAGCUUCUUCGGAAUUGUCUUUUUUCAAUUUUCCUAAAGACAAGCAUCUCCGGAGGAAAUGGAUCGCAGCCAUACGUCGAGAUGUGAGCAACUCCUUCCAGAUUGGUCGCAAUAUUACUUUUGUAUGCUCCAACCACUUCAAGCAAUGUGAAAUUAAAAGAGGUCUGGGAGGGCACAAAAAGAGGCUUGUUCCAGGAGCUGUUCCAUGUAUUUUUACAUGGAACAGUGCCACCAAGAGUAGACCAACCAACAAGGUCCAGGACAGAAGGUUGGAUAGCAUGGACUGUGUACCAACAAUGCCUACACCGGCUGACACUGCAGAUCUGGCUUCGACUACGGCCAGUGACCCGACCCAAACGUCUACUCCCCACCCAACAGCAGAUCAUGAUUACCAUGAGAAACAACACGCCACAACUGAAGAAAAAUUAGCUUCUGCACAUGCAGAGAUAAAACGCUUACAAAAUUGUGUAAAUGUUCAGUCUGCAAAAUUAUUUUCUAUAAGGCGUUUCGCUACCAGUCCUGUGGACAUCAAUUUUUAUACAGGUUUUGCAGAUUUCAAUGAGCUAGAUCAAUUUAUUCAGUGGCUCUAUCCUACUGCUUCAAAGAUGCAAACCUGGACACAGUUUCAGAGAGGCACUGAUGUUGACAAACUACACUGUGGAUUUCCAUGUUCUUUGUCAUUGUUUGACCAAUUAUUUGUGUUUCUCAUUAGAAGAAGUAAAGAAAUUCAUCCUUCAUGA